UUGCACGGCAAGUAACCAGAAAUCUCAUAACUCGGUCUUGCCCCGUGUAAAAAGAAAAAGAACGAAGGGAAAAAACACAAGCUGUCAAAUGUGGCUAUAUCAGCCUACUCAUUCUUCUUCUUCUUCUCAAUAUAACGGCAGCGGUGGUGGUGGGGCUGAGCCCAAGUGAUCAGAGUCAGAAAUGAAGGACGUCGCAGUGAUUGUAGCAGGAGCCGGACCGUCGGGCCUGGCCACCUCCGCCUGUCUGAACGUCCUCUCGAUCCCCAACAUUGUGUUGGAGAGGGAAGACUGCUUUGCUUCCUUGUGGAAGAAGAAGACUUACGAUCGCCUCCACCUUCACUUGGCCAAGCAAUACUGUGAGCUUCCACACAUGCCAUUCCCCACCACCUUGCCCACCUUUCCGUCCAAGAAGGAGUUCAUCCAAUACUUGGACGACUACGCGUCUCGUUUCAAGGUGAAUCCAAUUUACCAUCGAUCCGUCGAGUCGGCCACGUUCGACGAAUUCACCAAGAAAUGGCACGUCAAAGUGAGAAACACGGGCUCUGGCGAGGUGGAGGAUUACGUCGCUAGGUUCCUAGUCGUCGCCACUGGCGAGACCAGCGACGCCUAUGUGCCGGAGAUUGAAGGCCUGGGUACCUUCAGAGGAGAGAUUCUGCACUCCACCCAAUACAAAUCUGGGGCGAAAUACAAAGGCAAGAGUGUUUUGGUAGUUGGGUGCGGCAACUCUGGCAUGGAAAUCGCUUUUGAUCUAGCCAGUUCUGGUGCCAACCCCUCCAUUGUCGUUCGAAACCCGGUUCACAUUCUCUCAAGGGGUAUGGUGUACCUGGGCUUGAUCUUGCUGAAGUAUCUCCCCUACUUCGCCGUGGAUUCAUUGGUCGUCAUGCUGAGCAGAUUGGUGUACGGUGAUUUGAGCAAGUACGGGAUCACCAGGCCGGAGGAGGGUCCGUUCUCCCGGAAAGUGAAGUACGGCAAGUAUCCAAUCAUCGACGUCGGAACCGCCAAGAAGAUCAAGUCCGGCGAGAUUCAGGUUUUGCCUUCAAUAGCAAGCAUGAAGGGUGACGAGAUGGUCUUCAUUAAUGGAAGGUCAUACCAGUUCGACGCCAUAGUGUUCGCCACAGGGUUUAAAAGAUCUACAAACAAAUGGCUCAAGGAAGUUCUAAAUGAAGCUUCUAGCAUUUUAAUCUUGCACGAAAAGAUGUGGAAGAACGUGCAUCUGCCAAACGUGCUUCGGGCUGUUCAGAUCUUCAUGCAAAAGCUCAAUGUGUCUUUUGCAUGUUAGAGCUAUCAAAAAAUCUUCUCAAAAAGACAUGUCAAAUGGGCCCUAAAGUAUGAUAUGUGUGGCUGUAAUUCACGUUAGGUAGAAAAAGUGAAUAGGAAAUCUGGGUUCCAUUUUGAUUCUUGCUAAGUAUCGUCUACUAGAACACAGGCCCAUCUAAUUAAUAUGUAUGGUAGCAUACUGUUGUAUUCCCAUCUUUAUUCUUGCUACGGCUGUGUUUGGUUGCAACGCAAAUAAAUUUGCAU